AUGCAGGUCCAGACUCUCAAGCUUCAUGUUAUCCGGUGUCUCACACCAGCCUCAUCACAUCACCUAGCGGAAGCACUGUGUUCUAUGCGGAAACUGACUAACCUGACACUGCUUGCAAGGGAUAUCAAUGAGGAGUUCUACUCCACAUUGAAAGCAAAGGCAUCAUCCAUACAGGGUUGUUUUCCUCAGAUCAGGAAGGGAAACUUCAGGUUCAAUGGAGCUGCUCAAGCUGACUUGAACUCAUUUCUUCACACCCUCACAUGUUCACAAAGCUUACAAAACUUGGCCGACUUGGACAACACUAGUGACUCGGAUGGCUCAGCUGACUUGGGCUACUCAAAUGACUCGGGCAACUCUGCUGACUCAGACAACUCUGCUGACUCAGACAACUCUGCUGACUCAGACAACUCUGCUGACUCAGACAACUCGGCCGAUCUGGGCAACUCUGACGUUGUUCAGUUUCCCAGCACUCCUUACAUUCCUGAUCAGCCUAUAUUGACGUCACCUGGCCAACCAUUAAGAGGCAGUUAUCAUGGCAACACAUACAACACAAGAAAUGUCUCAUCAGAGCAAUCAAGAGCAAUGUACCAAGAAACCAUGGCAAGCACUAGUCGUGUGAACUCGGUACGUGCCAACAUCAGUGGUACCUCAGACACCCUACCAAGGGGGUUAGGUGCUAAUAUUCCAGUCUUGCAAGAGUCUCAGGACAAUGUCAAUGUGGGGCAACCUUUGCAACAGCCACGUACAUUGAGGACUCAGUCUAGUUUUUGGCCUGUCUCUUCAGAGAAUAAUGCACUACCCCGGAAUCCUGGGCCUAGUCAGCCCCAAUUUAUGCCUUCCAAUCUCCAAUCAGGCAUGUUUGCUGGGUACCACACCCCUGCUCCAAAUGAGCCAUUCAGUGGUUAUUAUUACAGUCCUGAGUAUAGAGAGGCUUACUUCAAUCCUACCUACCAGCCCAUUAUGUCAAGUUCUACUCCGUCUCUUCACCCUCCGGUCUCAAGACAUGAUCAACCUGCCAUGUUCGCAGGGUACCUUUUACCAACACAGUAUCAACCACCGGUUCAUAAGAGCACAGGUGCUACACGUAACACCAUGCCUUGGUCAAAUCAGGAUCACUACACUCAAUCCUACCAUGCCUCUACAUCCAGCUCUGCUUUGUUGUGUAACCCUCCAGUCUCUGGAUAUCAUCAACCUGCCAUGUCGAGACGGCACAUUUCAGAUACACCAGUCCAACCAAUGAUUGUAGAGCAGGCAAGAUAUAGCAGAGCUCAGCCUAUUCAGGAUUACUCCACUACAGGAUUCCAUUUAGCUUCCCAAGAUCGACCAAGUGAACGGAAAAGAACAAGUUCUUCAAGUAGACAAGGUUCUUCCAGUCAGGUAUCACAUUCAACCAGCUUUUUGUCUCCAUUCCAAAGUACAAGCAGUACUGGUAGAGAUCAAGACUUUUAUGUUGGCAAUACAUCAGAUACUGUAUCUCAGACACACAGAGAAGGUAGUAACAGUCGGAGCAGGCAUUAUAAGAGGCAUGCUCCUUCUACUCAGUCAAGAGCUCCACAGGAUGAUCCUGAAAUUCCAGAGAAGCAGUCAAAGUAUGAAGUCUAGUUGAUAUGGUAUCGGAAGAGUAAGACAGUGUCCCACUAGUAACACUUCAUCAUGUCUCUGUGUAUGCAUGAUACAGGGCUUCACACUAACUUUUGUUGGAAAAGACGUCGAGAUUUAACUUUUUACAGUCUGUAUGCAUGAGCCCUAAGUAGGAACUUCCAAAUUCAAUGGUCCAGACCUAGAUUUUGGGUGACCAUGUGUCCCAGGUGCCUCUUGGUUUCAAGCCCUCAAAUGAUAGCAACACAUCGGGGAUAAAAAGGGAUAAUUUUUGGCGAUGUUUCCAAAUGUUCGAAUAUUUGUACAAAGUUCUCUUUUUCACCAUGGAGAGUAGAGUCCACUAUUUAGUGUUGGUGUAUGAAUUUUACGAGAAAGAGAACAUAAUAUUGUCACAAUGUUCAAAUAAUGUGAAAGGCCUAAUAAUGUAGAAAGUGAUGCAAUAAUAGGAUACCUUAUGUGAAUGUGUACUCAAUAAGCCCAAAACAGAGUUGCAUCAAUAGCCCAUUGUGUAUUUGUUUUAUGCAGGAAGGGGGUAUGUAGUAUGGAAAAUAUUUUUGAAAAUACUCGAUACAUCUCAAAUUACUUAUCAAAAUGUCACUGUAUUUAAGUUGAUGUCAUUGCACAUGUUGAAUAAAAAUAUAACUAAGGAGAAUCUAAAAUAAUUUGUGAAUUUGUUACCAGAAGUGACUUGGAUGUUAAGAGCCAUAUUGCUCUAGUUAUCAUGUCAGCAAACUUGAUAGAACUCGGUAUACUUGAGAAUUAGCUUUGCUUGAUAAAGGUGUUUGUCAUAGGCCUGAGUUAUCACUUACAUUUUAUCUGACAUGCAUUGUUUUUUUAUUCUGCAAAUAUGAAAAUACAUCUAGUUCUAGAUUUUAAAAUCCAUUUAAGGAAAUAUUUUCCAGGAUUUUCUUCACAUCACUCCAGUUUUUUUGUAAACAUGCUGGGGCAACGGGCAUCUUUCUCUUAAACUAUUGACCGUUAGGCGGGCAUGGCUAAAAUCACGACUCCAAAAUCAGAUGACUAGAUUUAUCUAACAUACUAAAGAGAAAUAUAUUUACUUUUAUUGUUUAUGCAUGUUAUAACUACAUGUACAUCCACCAGUACUAUAUAAUGAAUCCAGUUGAGGAAAUAUUUUCCCGGAUUUUCUUUACAUCACCCCAGUGUUUGUGUAAAUAUGCUGUUAUAAUUGUACGAUACAUGUUUGUUCUAAUUGUAUUGAGUACUGGAUUUCAAUAAUAUUGAUGAUACGUUUUUCCGGCGUUUCUUUGCAUCAUUAUGUUUAUGAUUAUGCAAUGGAUGUUAUGAUACAUGUAUAUUUUGAACUUGUAUAUGUUUGCCAUACUGCCUUGUAAAUAUGUUUAAUAUUUUAGUAAGUUUGCAUUUCUGAUUGGCCUAUAAGAUACAAACGUAGACACUAAAUACGCUUAUGAGCAUUCUGUUACCUGGCCUCUUUAUCACCAUCGUCUUCUGAAUAAGUAAUGUAAAUUUUUAUAAUCCACUCUGAUUUUCAUAAUCAUUGCGAAUCGCUCAGAUCUGUGAGUUUAUUCUGAAUUAUGUCAUGCAAACGGAUGUACUAAAUAGGUCUUUCUAUGUAUAUUGGAUGAUACAUAAUUAUACAUGUAUGUAUUGGUAAUCUAUGCAAAUGUGAUUUACUUAAUUAUGAUAUGAUAAUUUCCUCGAAUUGAUAGAUGUGGGUUAGCAAUAUGCAUCUACUGCACAAAUAUUUUAUUUGUCAUAAUAGGCCAUUUUUGUGAUGCAACCAAAUUUAUACUUAAGUGCCUUGAAAUUUAGGAAUUAUUUCAUGUACCUGUUACAAAUAAUUGCAUUUCAGUAGCCAGAAUGGAAAUUCCAUAUAUUCCGUGUUGUUAGAUAGGGCAAGCCAUAAUGUUUGUCGUACCAAGCAACAACUAAUGUAUGCAAUUUGAAUGCUAGCUAGUUUAUUAACAGGUGAAUAAAAUAAUUCCAAAAAUUUCAAGGCACUUAAGUAUAAAUUUGGUUACAUGACAGAAAAGGCCUAUUGAUGUGUUUGUCAUGAGCAGUCAUGAUUCUAAAUUGAAUAAACAAGGAAGAUUUAAAUAUA